AUGCCUGUACGAACUUUAUCAGCUGGUAAGAAAGCUUUGGGUAGACGAAAGGAUUCCGCUAUAUCAAAGAAAAAAAGCAAAAAGCUCAGCGCAGAAGAACAAAUCAUCGAUCCACAACAGGAACAAAUCGAUCGACUAAUUCGAGAACAAGAACAGUUGCAUUCGAAAUUGAACACAAUCUGUUCGCGCAUUAUUGAAAACAUCAAUAUCGAAGAUUACUCGAACGAUGUCGAUCUGUCCAAACAAGAACCGUGUGACAUUCCCGUGGAGAAUUUACUAUCCAUGAUCGAUGAAAUCUGUUAUUUCCGUGGUGCAUUUCUUAAUCUGGUUCAAGAGACAGAAAAUGAGCAAAGCCAUUCGAUUUACGACAGAGUAACACAAUUAUCAGUCGAAGAACCGAAGUUAGUUCGAAAUUAUCUUACGGCAGAUCAACGUUUGACAUUUGUUACUCGAGAACGCGAUCUUUGGAAAGAAAAUGCUCAAUUCUUGCAAAUGAUGUAUGCUACCAUAGUCGAUCAACUAGAAAUGGGAAUCUUUCAGAAAAUAAACCCAAACGCAACGAAAAUUCUUCGAGCUCAUCGUCUAACUCUUGAAGAUGCUUGUCGAAUCUUCCUCUCUCCAAGUGCUCGACCACUGAACGAACGACGAAUAAAGCGAAUCACUCAUGAACCAGAACCUCCACCGAUUGUUGUCGAUACAACUGAAACUGUCGCUCCAAUAAAUUCCACUGAAAAUAACGGGCAGACCAGUAGUCCAUCAGGCAAAGUUAGACGCCGUGUUUCGUUUGCAGAUAAAGUUGAUAUCAUCAUCGAUGAACCGAAUAUUAACAAUGAAGAUCAGUUGAAUGACCUAACGCGUCUUCCGCUAGCUAGUGAAACAUUAAUCGAAAAAAUGGAUUCGAAUUUACGCAUGUUGAUCAUCAAAGAACUUAGUAAAGAUAGUCAAAUAUCCAAACCACUCUCGAAAAUGAGCUCAAUCUAUCGCACGAAAGGUGAACCUUAUCAGCAACAAAGUCAAUCUCCCAAAUGGAUUGAAUUCGCUCAAUUAAUUGGCAUCCGAGAAUCCGAAAUCGAACAUUGGGCAUCGCAAAGUCUUCAAUAUCCUGCUGGUCGAGUCAUUUCCACUUGGUGUAAUUGCACAUCACCUCCGCCAACAGUUGCCGAACUCUAUUUAAUCGUCUCUUCGACUAAACUGAAUCGAUUAGACUUGGCACAUUCAAUCGAAACAAUGUACAGUAUUUCAAGCUAG